CCACAGCACCGGCUCAGGGGCCCCAGGGUCCAGGGCUCACUGCUAGCUGCACUGUGCGACCCCGGCCCUCGUUUCUGUGCCGAGCCUGCUUUCUUAUCUAUGAAGUGAGUACAGCCCCUUCCCAGUGGACUGCAGUGAGGACUCUGGGGGAUAAGGCAGGUGCACAGCACACCAGAGCCCCUCAGACUAGCGCUGGGAGCAGAGGACAUGGACUUGAAGGUGGGGCAUGGGGCUGCCCAUCUGGGGCUCUCGCUCGCCGCGAGGGGUGUUCUGCAGAGCCAGGCAGGAACCGGCCAUGUGGAAAUGAGGACAGCUGCCCUGCAGGCCCUCCCUCCUGCGCCACCUCCCGCUCUGAGACACCGGGCCCUGCCCCAGAGCCCUGGCAGCCGCUGUGACAAGGGCUCCACGCUGGGGUUCUGGCUGCCUGCUGAGGUCCCCCAGGGCUGGCCUGGACACCCCCUCACAGCCCUGCCCUGUGUGUCCCCUCAUUCCAGAGGCGCCGGCCACUCCACGUGGACUCUGGGGCUGUGUGAGCUGCCCAGGGACCUCUCUGUCUCCGGCGCGCUCAGCCUGGGCCCCGGGCAGCUCCUGCUGCGUUCCCACUGCCAUCUGGGCCUCGCUCCGGACUUGGACCAUGGCCUGAAUCUCAGCCUGACCCUCUACAACCACAGCAGGCCCCAUGCAUCUGACUUCUCUGGGGAGCUGGAACUCCGAGGCCCCACGGCCCAGUGGGUUGGCCUGCAGGGUUGGCUCUCCACCUCAGCUUCCCAAACCCUGGCCCAGCUGGAGGGCAGCACGAACAGAGCAGAGGAGAAGAGAAGGUGAGGCUGGCUGUGUCACGCAUCCCCAGCUGCCUCCAAGCCUCCGUGGCCCCCGAGGAUGGUAAGUGGAAGUGGCCAGGUCCUACUCAGCUAGCUGGGACAGGCCCCGCCAUGGUGCCAGAGAAGACAGGUGGGGUGCUGGGUGCUCAGAACCCUGAGGACCCUCUGUUAGGACUCCAUGGCACCCCCACUCCCCCGUAGUUGCCUGUGCUACUGCCGGGUCAGGUGACCCUGGGAGGGUCUGGUCGUGCUGAUGGAGACGGGUACAUGGGAGUUUCGGGUGAGCAGGAGAGCUCAGGUGGUGCAGCUCAAGACCCUGAGUCUUAGGGCUUUGAGGCUUUGCCUGGACCACUGGGGAGCUACAGCAGGCUGCACAGUGCAGGAGGAGUGGGCAGCUGGGGAUGCAGAUGGAGAAGGCAUGCGUGCAACCACAGGUCUCUUCCUGGUGCC